CGCGCAUGGUUCGCGUGGACGGUCGCAGGUCCCCCAUCUCUAACGUGUCCUUCAUCUCCGCCUCCACCAUGGGUUCGCGCCAGGACAAGGUCACGACAGAACGCAAUGCAAAGACCCUGAGAGAACUCCUCAAGCGGCCAGAGAACAAGGUCUGCGCCGACUGCAAACGCAACGACCCGCGAUGGGCCUCCUGGAACGUCGGGGUCUUCUUGUGCAUUCGUUGCUCGGGGAUCCACCGAUCCAUGGGAACACAUAUCAGCAAGGUGAAGUCCGUGGAUCUCGAUGUCUGGACCCCAGAGCAGAUGGCAUCUGUUCAAAAAUGGGGUAAUCGUCUCGCGAACUUGUACUGGGAAGCCCAUCUCAAGCCAGGGCACAUUCCGGCCGAUCAUAAGAUGGAGUCCUUCAUACGCUCAAAGUACGAAUCACGGCGAUGGGCAAUGGACGGGCCCCCGCCAUCAGAUCCCUCUACGCUUGAUGGCCAGUCCUCUGGCGCCGCGACCACCACCGCGACGUCUGCUGCCCAACAACCAUCGCGAACUGCAACCCCUGUCCAUUCCAACGUGACGGCGCACUCCUCGAGGGCAUCUAUCACCAACCGGCAGCCCCAGCCACACCAGCUCUUGAGUACGAGCGUCGCCAACCGCGCACAGCAGAAUGCACCAAAGACCGCGCUCCCCGCUCCGGUCGCGCCCCAGGCCCCGACACCACAGGCCCCACCCGCUGCACCGACAGUCUCUAAUGAUCUGUUCUCUCUGGACUUCCACGCGCCCGCAAGCGCGCCUCCGUCUACCUCCGCGAGCCCAGCACCCAGGAAGGACGUCAAGCAGGACAUCCUCUCGCUCUUCUCCACGCCUGUCGCCGCACCUGCGGCGCCUGCUUCUGCAGCAUUCGGACAGUUUGCUCAAGCCCCGGUGCAAGCAGGUUGGCCUGGCGCGGCGCAAGCACAAGCAGCUGUAACCAGCAUGGUGGGCAACAACGGCGUUGGAAUGUGGGGCGCGAACUCGGGGUGGAACCCUGCACAAGUAGCGCCCGCGCAGUCCAACCUUUGGGGGGCCCCAGCAGCUCAACCCGCUAUCCCACAGCAGCAUAGUUUGUUCACGACGAGCGAUGUGUGGGGCUCGUCUGGGGGCACGGGCGCUGGUGCGUCAGGUGGGGAUUUGUUUGGUUCUUCGCUGCCGGCGAUGCAGAAGAAGGAUGACGCGUUUGGCGAUAUCUGGGGCGGCUUCAAGUAGGAUAGUGCUGCUAUAGAUUGUCCUGUGCACGCUGUGUUAUGUCAGUCUCGCUAUCACUGGGAAGAUUUGGAUUGCUCUUCAUUUAUUUG